CAUGCGUGAGACAUCGACGCCCGGCCUGUAUUUUGUCUUUAAGGUAUGUUCUCCUUAACUUUGCCUGGGCUAACCUUGAACUCAAGAUUCUCAGUGUGUACUACCAUACCUGGCUUGGACUGAAGCUUUCUGAGGAGGGGAUGUGCCUCAUUGCUCUGUCUUUACUCUUUGUAGCAAGGGAGAUAAUGCUCUGUUUCCAUUCCUCCUCAGUGAGUCAGCAAUCAGUGGUGAUUCUGAGGCCCCCUUUAUGAACUGAUGCGCACUGGCUUAACUCUGCCUUUCUCACCUGAUACCAGGGUGCUGGGGUGAGCAAAGGAAUGGGAAGAGGUCAGCCCAGUGUGGGGAUAGGUUCUUUUCAGGGACACAGACACCCAUCCCUCAAGACACCAGUUCUUGUCCUCCUACUCCAGCCCUUGAUAUCUGGAAGGGGUUUGCAGCCCUCUCUCCAGCUCCCAGUCCGGGGUGCAGAACUCACACCACAUUGGAGACCUUGGGUUCUGUGUUGUUAUUACAACCUGGCUGCUUGGCUUUCUGCAAGCUACCUUCCCUGCCUGGGCCUCCCUCCCUGCUGAGCAGGAGAAUCUCUAAAUCUCCUCUACCUUGAAAGCCUGACUCUCUUAACUUCUUCCCCAGUUCAGAGAACCCAGGCAUCCAGCUGCCCCACCCCAGCUCUGGGUAAACAGGAAGCUGGGUGAGGGGAGCAGGGGUGUGCGGAAAGUCCCAGCCAGGUGUGUGGGUCUAUAGGGAGAGGGUGGCCCCACCCCUGAGGUAUGAAAGCCCCCUGACCUGGCCCUGGUUCAGAGUCUGGAUGGGGGCAUCGGGGCUGCAGGGUCGGGGUGGGAGGCCCCAGGGGAGGAGCUGCCUCCUGCUGGCUGUGGCAGGAGCCACUUCGCUGGUGACCCUGCUGCUGGCAGUGCCUAUCACUGUCCUGGCUGUGCUGGCCUUGGUGCACCAGGAGCAGGGAGGACCGGUAAUGGAGAUUGCUGCCCGGCAGCAAGGACUGGAUGAGAGUAGACCAUCUCCUUUCCUGCCCUCCAGCCUGUCAGCAACUCCCAGCUCCCAUCUGCGUUCCCAGAUACCCUCUACCUCCAGGAAUCCGAGCUCCCUAUCCCGGAGUCCUGGCGCCCGGUCCUCUCAGGGGGAGCAUGCAUGGGUAGCCACCCUGCCCCCGAUCGUGGACUCUUCUCCAGUUCCAAGAUUUCAGGAACUGUCAGAAAAGGAGACAGAAACACAUCUCAGCCCCAAGCUCCCUGCUGCCCACCUCAUAGGCGCUUGGAUGAAGGGGCAGGGGCUAAGCUGGGAGGCGAAGAAAGAAGAGGCGUUUCUGAGGAGCGGGACGCAGUUCUCCGGCGCGGAGGGGCUGGCGCUGCCGCAGGAUGGCCUCUAUUAUCUCUACUGUAACGUCGGCUACCGGGGCCGGGCGCCCCCUGAUGGCCGAGGCCCCCUGGGCCGCUCGGUCACGCUGCGCAGCUCUCUGUACCGGACUGGAGGCGCCUACGGGCCGGGCACUCCGGAACUGCUGCUCGAGGGCGCCGAGACCGUGACCCCAGUGCUGGACGGUGCCGGGAGGCCCGAGUACGCGCCCCUAUGGUACACCAGCGUGGGGUUCGGCGGCCUGGUGCAGCUCCGGAGCAGCGAGAGGGUGUAUGUCAACAUCAGUCAUCCCGAUAUGGUGGACUACAGGAGAGGAAAACCUUCUUUGGGGCGGUGAUGGUGGGGUGAAGGCUGCCUGCGUCCCUGGAAAAAAACGACUGUAUGGUGCGAAUGUGUGAAUAGGUGCAGAUAUUGGGGAUCCAGACGCUUGGGAUCCCGUGGCAGUGGGAAAAAUGUAGAAGACUGUUUGGAAACUGAUUUUGAGCCUGAUGAAAAUAAAGAAUGUAAAACUUUAGGGCUGCCCGUGAGGAUACUGAGAUGCUAAUAUCCUGGGAUUGAACCCAGGGUCUCCUGUAUGCCAUAGCGGCAGA